GGGUUGGUUGGAGUGCCAUUUCGUUUAAUGAAGGAACACCUCAUGAUAUUCAAGAGGAUGAAUGUGGCCUAGUAUCAGGGGUUUGUUGCCCAUGUUAGGACAAAAGGUUUGAUUUCCAACGUCCUUAUUGCCUUUCCCCCUCUGGAUUCUGCAUUCCACUCCCUCCCACUCUAAAUAAUCUUAAGAAAAAAUUACAUUUGAUUUAUUGCACGCACAUGCAUUGAGAGGAUGGCUGAUGGCAGCAAAGUCCUUGAGGUCAUUGAUUUUAUUUACAGUAUGUUUGUUGGUGAAGUGGGAUUCUUUUUUCUUCUUUUCCCCCCUGGUGUGUUUUGGUUGCUUUUUUUUUUUUGGGGGGGGGGGGGGCAUUUCAUUAUAUGCAGGACACCUCUCAAUAUUCAGGAGGAUGAAUAUGGCCUAGUAUUAGGGGUUUGUUGCCCAUGUUAGGACAAAAGGUUUGAUUUCCAACGCCCUUAUUGCCUUCCCCCUCUGGAUUCUGCAUUCCACUCCCUCCCACUCUAAAUUAUCUUAAGAAAAAAAUUACAUUUGAUUUCUUGCACAUAUAUGCAUUGAGAGGAUGGCUGAUGGCAGCAAAUUCCUUGAGGUCAAUGUUUUCAGGUUUUAGAUUGAGUGUAGAAAAUAAUGCUUUGACAUAAUGGUUCAAGGCUUAAUAAAUAUGAGCCUGUCUAGUUCUCCUGAGUCUCCAGGCAAUGAAAUUCAAUAUUAUUUGCUCUAUUUUGGUGGUUCUUAUAAACUGAUAUAUUAAUUCCUCUCGAGGUUCAAUGGAAAUUUGAGAUGGAACAUGGACAAAGAUUCUCUGAGCUAUUGGCAGGCUCUUGCAUAUGUUUUACUAUGAAAUAUGCCAAAGGGAAAUUGCUGGUGGAAGGCUUCUAACUCCAGUAACUACAAACAUUGACUUUAACUGGGGAAGCUGUUCAGCUAGGGGCAUGAUUGCUGUGAAUAGGAUCUCUAUCCAUGGGAUGAUAUUUGGGAGAAGUUUUUGUGAUCCCAUCUCCCAUUAUUUUAAUGUAAGCUCAAGUGCUCAUGUCAUAAUAUCUGGUUUUUGGGUUGGACCAGACAUUGAGGAUGGAUGGGGUUUUGUAGAAGCAUUUGUACAUCGAAUAUAUUGAUUAAUCUAUGUAAGGUUUUUUUCUUUCUUGGGCUCUUUUUCCUGCUCCAA